UCCGAUGUCCCAACUCCGCCGCCCAACUGCUGCGUCACGUGUCUUGCGAGACUCAUCAGGAAACUGAAGAGAAAAGGAAGGUUGCUGCUGGCUACGACGGCUCGGAGACAAGCGAGCUCGUUGCAAUGCCGGUACGAUCCACUGAGCUAUUCACUCAACUUCGACGGAGGCGCGUGUGGUUCACUUCCCGAUGAUGAGGAUUAUUACUUUCGGUUCUAUGCAUUUUCUUCGAGAUACGUUACUACUAAUACUUUUAAGAAGAGACCAUCACUUCCACGUGAAUCCUUCUCUACC